AUGAUCACAAAAUCAACUGAAAUGCCAACGCUGGAGGAGUUAGAAGUUCCUGAAAUAAAGAUGACGGCUGUUCCUCUGCUUGCUGCGGCAUUGUACAUGGGAAAGUUUUGUGAUCAACAAUCAAAGGAAUUUAUGCUUUGCGAUCAAGAAAAUCACGAUCCUAGGAAGUGUCUUAAAGAAGGCAAAGAUGUUACCGCAUGUGGUCUAGAGUUCCUUAAGCUGAUGAAGAAGAACUGUGCUGAUGUAUUCACUGCUUACUACCAAUGCAUCUGGAAGCAUGGAGGGCCUUAUUUCAGCAUUCAGAACUGUCGCAAGCUGCAGUAUCCGUUGGACAACUGCGUAAAGGAGAAGAUUGGCCUAGAACGACCCGAAUUGGGGUACUUCAAUCGCGUGCGUCUCGUGGACACGAAGCGUCCGAAGCCGAUUCCCAAGCUGGCGCCCAUGCCCGAGCGUAUCCCUGACAUGCCCGACUUUGACAGUAUGCCCGACCCUGAGAAGCUGGAGGCACGCAAACAUGUAAAUGAGGCUAUGGUCUAG